UUAAACUUUAAUACAAUAUUAAGUAUAGUUAUUCAGACAUGUUGUGGUUUUUGUGUUUGUUUUUGCCGGCGUCUGCCCACGUGUUUGAAAGUUCGCAGAACAUCACCAGAAAUGUUCCGUGCACUGAUAAAAACCAUCUAUUCCUGGCGCCGGGCGUGCUGAGUGCGGGCGGCAUCAACCGAGCCUGCAUCUCCCGCUUCCAUCCUGAAGGCCCAGCCCGCAUGGUUAUCACACUGCUCGCUGAUAAUGGAGAGUCGACCACCGCCGCUAGAGAUCUUCCACCAGGUGACGGUGGCUGCCUCGAUAUAUCUGUGCCGCUGCGGCCCAACACCAAAGCUGAUGUUAUUGUCAAUAUGCGGUACCCAGAGGUUGGGUGCGCGUGGGAGCGAAGAUUAACGUUACGCGUGGCUGGCGCGCGCGUGCUUGUGCUGCACGUGCAACGCGCGCGCCUCCGUCCCGGCGACACCCUGCGCGUGCGCGCCAUCGCGCUCAAGCCUGACCUUACACCUGCACAUGGCAACAUAGAAGAGAUGUGGUUGGAGGGUCCGCGCGGCGCGUGGGAGGGCGUGCGCGUGGCGCAGUGGCGGCAGCUGCGCACGCGCCUCGGUCUCGCACAGCUGCAGUACCGCCUCGACGACCACGCCCCGCCCGGCCUCUGGACAGUCAGAGCCCGCCUCGCUGACGGAUCGCAGGGCUCCACAUCUUUCUGGGUUGGCAACUACGAGCUGCCGCCGUUCCAGCUGACCGUGCGGCACUCUCCCCGAGUGUUGCGGUCCAGCGAGAGACUCGUGUGGACUGUUUGCGUCAGGUACCCAUGGACGGAAGCAGUGGAGGGCAUGUUAGUGAUCAGGCUGCGUGGGGCAGGAGGUGUGGGGGGAGGUGAGGGAGGUGGCAACGCGGGCGUGCGCACUGCUGUACGUCUGCGUUCACCCCGCGCCUGUCACCGGCACGCUGCAGCUGCCCGCCGCGUCGGUCUGAGCGGCCCCAACUCUCCAGAUGUAGUUGUAGCUGACUUUAGCUUCCAGGAAGAAGGAACAAGAAUCUGGCAGAAUACGACCGUAGUGUCCCAAGUUGUAGACAACCCUGUGACCCUUGAAUUUCUCACAAAACAUCGGGCGGUCGUGUCCCCGAGCUUACCGUACAAGUUGAAGGUGAAGGCCACUCGUUGGGACGACAAACCCGCGUCAGGGGAGAGCGUGCGCGUGUGCCGACGCCCCGCCCCGCGCGCACCAGACUCCUCCCCAUCCACCACUGACUCCGCCCCCCGCGACACCUGCGUGUCAGCACAAACGGAUGGUCGCGGCAUCGCAAGAGUUAUGUUUACUCCAGAUGUCGACGACAGCGCUUUCUACGAUUUUGAAGCGCGUCUGCAGAACGCGAGCGCAUCUCUGCGGCUGUCAGUGCGGGCGGCGGCCUCGCUGGCGGCGCUGGGCCCGCUGCGUGCUGACUCCCGCGCUGCACGCACCCUCGUACCUCUCUACCUCAACCUCAGUGAUCUCAGCAAACCUCUCACUGUACACUUUGUGGUUAUAACUCGUGGUGGUAUAAUCUACCGCUGGGGUGCGACAACUCAGUGCGCGGCGGCUCGAUCCGGGAACCAGAUCGAGCCAGCAGCCAGGAACAGCUCGUGCGGCAACCCGGGGCGCGUCCUGCCGCUGGACGCCGGCCUCAACAACCUGGAUGCCGACUCCAACCAGCUCGAGAUGAACGCCAGCGUUGCGCUGCUGGACCGGCACCUGCUGCGAGUCAUGUUGCCCAUCAAGGUCACACACCAGAUGUGCCCCGACAGUCACCUCCUCGCGUACUUCUACCACAACGGGGAGCUCGUCAGCGCCAGCAAACACUUCGAGAUGGACGAGUGCUUUGCCAACAAGGUGGAAGCGAGCUGGACAUCCCGGCAGGUGGCGCCCGGUGCGGCGGCCACGCUGCAGCUGAGCACGCCGGGGCCGGCACUGUGCGCGCUCACUGCAGUGGACAGCGCCGCGCUCUGGAUGCAGCCCCAGCCUCCACUCAAGGACACGCUGCUCUCCGCCCUGAAGAGACUGGUCGAAGGACAUAGGAACCUCACUGAGUACGACGCAGCGGGAGAGUGUUUCCUAACGAGCGAUGCUGCCGAGCUGCCUUCCAGCAGCUUGGAGCUGACGCGCGCGUGGUUGGCGGCGGCGGGCGUGCGCGCACUCGGCGAGGCCCCGCCCCCGAGACGCUGCGGCUCCGCCCCCCCACCAGCCCCCCUCAUGCAACACGACGACGUUCAACCCAGGACUGACUUUUCUGAGGCGUGGUUGUGGCGUCUGGUGGCGGUGGGGCUGAACAGUAGUGCAACAAGCACUGCUCGAGCGCCCGACUCCAUCACCCUGUACGAGGCGGGCGCCGUCUGUCUAGCUAAGACGGGCAUCGCGAUAUCAAGCCCCGCUGUGUUGCAAGUGUUCCGCGAAUUCUUUAUACACGCUGACGCCCCCAAAACACUGCGUCGUGGUGAUAACACUAUAAUAAGAUACCGACUCUUCAAUUACCUAUUUGAACCACUGAGCGUUCAGAUCCAAGUUUUAGCAGACCCACACCUAGAGGGCGCUAAUCGUAUUGAGUCUGCGUGCGUGUCCGCACGCGGCAGUGCGGCGCGGCGCGUCGAGGUGCGCGCACGCGUACCCGGCACCGCUCGACUACGUAUACGUGCACAGGCCACUAACGACAACAAAUGUGGCAACACUAAUAAAAAUAACGUCAGUGACGAAAUAAUAAUAGAAAUCCAAGUGGAACCUGAAGGUGUGCCAGUACAAGAACACAAGUCCACAAUGCUCUGCGCAUCAGGGUCAUCAGAACCGAUGGCAUCCAAUGUGACAUGGAGUUGGAGACAAUCCUCAGCGGUGGCAGGUACCGAGAACCUCACUGUAUGGGCCGUGUCUGAUGCAGUAGGACCAUUGCUCGCUGAUGCAGACGCGUUGGUGACACUACCCCGGGGUUGUGGGGAGCAGAACAUGGCGCGUCUGGCCACCAACCUGCUGGCGCUGCGCGUGCUCGACCCUCGUGCACCCGCCGCACUAGCCGCCAGGGAACAUGUCGCCAGAGGUUUCACCCGCCAGCUGCAGUACGCGCAUGUGGGGGGAGGGUUCAGUGCGUUCGGGCCAGCAGACCCCACCCCCUCCACCUGGCUCACUGCCUUCUGUCUGCGCUACAUGCAUAGAGCUUACCAUGUGCUGUCUCCGGGUGCGGCUGCGCCCCCCGCACUGCGGCUGGCGGAGCGCUGGCUCCUCAACCAGCAGAUGGAGAACGGCUGCUUCCGCAACGAGGGACAGGUCUUCCACUCUGAACUCAAGGGUGGUUUAAAUGAAGAUGGCGAAAUAGCAAGCGUUGCUCUUACGGCGUAUGUAAUCACAUCAUUAAUAGAGGGCGCUGCAGACGUUCCUCUCAGAGUAAUACGAAACUCACUCUCUUGUCUUCGAGCUUUCCCUCUCUCUAAAUCUAAAACUCACACGGGAGUGUACGCCCACUCUCUUCUUGCAUACGCUCUCAUGCGACUGAGGAAUUACGAGGAAGAUCUGAGGAAGACCAAUGAGGCUUACUUAAGAGAGAAAGAAGUUGCCAGCGGACUGAUGGAGGACGAGGAGUUGAGGGAAUUGGUGCUGCUGCUUAAAUUAGCCAAGAGGAAUAAGGAGUACGUGUAUUGGGAAAGUGGUUCAUUGGCUACAUCAAUAGAAGCGAGCGGGUACGGUCUGUUAGCACUGCGAGGUUGCGGUGCGGCGCUGCGUGCGGCGUGCGGUGCGGACGCGCGCGCUGUACUGCGCUGGUUGGCCGCACACACCACCAACACUGGCGGCUUCCUCUCCACACAGGACACACUGGUAGCGAUGGAGGCUAUAAUUGCGUGGUCAUCGCACACUGAACCAGCUAAUCUGAGUGUGUCAGUGAGCAGUGAGUCUGCCAGGUCCAUCAUCAGCGUGGUGCCUGGUAACAGACUGCCCGCCCUCGCUGCAAUGGGCAGCGGUCACCAGCUCACCAUCUCCGUUGAAGGUAGUGGUUGUGCUGUGGUGCAAGCAACACGCUCCUACCACACAUCAGUCAGCAAGACUAGUGCUCGCUCGCUGCGGGUCCUGCUCGCUGUACGUACUGAUGGUCCCUUCCACUGUCGCAGCAACACCUGCUUCUGUGCUGCUGUACUAGAGGUGUGUGUAGUGUGGGGGGGUGAGUUCCCUCAGAUGGCACUGCUGGAGGUGUGGCUGCCGGGAGGAUACGGCGCAGAUGCACCACGUCUCUACACACAGCUGCAGCCGCAACACUUCUUGCUACGUCGCAUAGAGUUGUCUAACUCUGGAGGCAAAGCGACAUUGUACCUGGGGGCACGAGAUGGUGGGGGCACGCUGCCGCAAGACCACCACCACUGCUUCACUGUGCAUGUGGUGGGCCCACGCGCCCACACGCGACCUGCACAUGUCAAACUCACCGACUACUACCAGCCCACCCUCAAUGAUAUACAGAUGUACACAAUACCUGAGGACUGUCCAUCACAUGUCUCUCACGACACAGAUACAUACCAACAGACAGACAAUUUAUUUGAUAAAGCCAGAUCUCUAGAUACAGGAGAGAUUCUUAUAAACAACGAUUUUACAUUUGAAGAUAUACCUGAAGGUACACCAUUAGAAGAUCCAUUAUUUGAAAAUCUAAAAGAAAAAAAAGAUAAUAGAAAUAAACAAGAAAAUAAACCUGCAAACAUAGUUAAAGAUAUAAUUCCAGAUAUAAACAUAACUAAAUCUAAAUUAAACGUGAAAAGCAAUUCAGUAGAUUAUUCAGCAAUUUUAAAUAUUUUUCAAUCGCAAAUUAAUUAUAUUAAUGGAGAAAAUAAUGAAACGAAUAAUGAAAAACUAAAUACAAUUGCUGGAAUUAAGGAAGAUAAAAUAGAAAUAAAUACAGAUAGACCGAAAAUAGAUAAUCCUAAGUUAUCUAGCUUCCAUGUGAUAGAAUCAGAGAAAGAUCUAGAAGUUCCUACGGGGGUAGAAGGUCCCGUUCCUUCUGUAGUUCUCCCGCCAAAAGAUUUCGUCUUCAAUUCUACAGGACCUGCUAUAAUGAUGAUUACAGGAACAUCAGAAACUUUCUGGAGAUCACAAUUACCAACUAGCGACAUCGAUAAAAACGUAAGGCAUAAACGGAAAAUAAACUACGCGUAGCUUUUAAAUCUAAAUAUAACAAACUAACAUUUAAAACAUUAUUAAAAAAAGAAACAU